AUGGCUGAGAUGGAGGAGUUCUCCCCCAUGCCCCCGCGGCGCACCCCACGCCGUACCCCCCGUGUGCUGCGCCUGGACCCGGCCCUGCUCCAGCGGCGGGUGUUGGAGGACCAGGUGGAACUGUGGUGGUUCCGCGAGCCGCGGCGCUCCCUGCUCUGCUACUGCAUCUCAGUGAGCUUCGUCCUGGGCUUGGGGCUGGGCGGUGUAGGCCUCCUCUCCACCACCACCAGCCUGUCCGGGGAGUGGCGCCUGGGUGUGGGCACCAUGCUCUGCCUCCUAGCUCUGGCUGUCCUCCUCAAACAGCUCCUAAGCUCCGCCGUCCAGGAUAUGAAUUGCGUUCGCAGCCGGAGGCGGAUAGAGUUAAUGAAGAGCGGUGGGCGGGCGGACCCGUUGGUCAUCCUUUUCACCGGGAUGGCAUUGGCACUCUGCGGAGGGGUCCUACUCUACAUGUCGCUGGCCAGCGGGCACCAUGGGCCCGGGCAGCGCCACAGGGAUAUGUUCCUGUCCGGGGUGGUGCUACUGUGGGCAGGGGGCGCCACCGGGCUGGCGGUGGCCGGGUACUUGCUGGUGGUGCACCUCCAGCAGAGGAGAGAGAGGAGGAUGUUGCAGAGGCGGAGGAGGGGAGGGAGGGGGUUGCGGGACAGGGCAGUCAGGGUGUUUACAGUCUCCUCUAGUAGAACUAGCCUCAUCUGAGAGAGCAGACCUGGGUCUUGUUCAUUAGGCACCAAACAGCGUUGCCCUAAUGAACACUACCCUUGGUUCAAAUAGUAUUUGUAUUUCUUUAAAAUACUUGAGCUGUGCUUGAUUGAGCAAUGGGACCAGAGCCAUAAAAACUGUAUACAUCCCAUGUCUGCUGAAGAAGAGAGGAGAGGAAAACAAGUGAGGAGAGGAGAGCAGGAGGUGAGAAGAGGAUUGGAGAGGGAGGAAAGUUAGGAGAGAUGAGACUAGGGGACUUAAUAGAUGACGGGACUUGAGGGGAGGGAAAGAUAGGAAAAGGGUAUCACCACUCUCUCUCCCUGGUCUGUAACAGAGUCCUGUGUUUGUUGCUGGCACUGUGACUGCGUCAUCCUGUUGACUAAUGCCCACUGCAGACCGUGCCCACUAUGCCCACUGUGCCAUUCACCGCUGCUGUGUUGUGGGAACCAGGCUGUGCAGGGUGACACCAGCCCCACGGACCCCCAGGACCCUCAGUCAGACCAGCCAUUGUUUCUGUCAGUGGCAGUAUGAGUGCUACACUGCCGUCGUCACAAACAAGCCACUCGCAGGGAGGAGACCCGACCAAGUCACAUGGUUCUAGUUUGUCUGUGUUGUUUUGACUCACGUGUCCUAUUUGAUGUUAUUAUAUUGACCCAAAUAUUUGUAUAUCGGAAGGUGACGGAACAAAAAGAGAGCACGAAGGCGGGUGACCUGGGGGGCUCUGAGGUACUGGAACGCAUGACAAAAAAGAUUCACAUUUAUAAUAAAGCAUUGCGUUCAUAUCGUCGCAUUGCCUAGUGGCAUAGAGUAGAGGCGCUUACAGAAGUUGUACACAUGGGGAACAUUUUUAGUAGCCUAGGUUCUGGGAAAAAUGUGACCUUUUAUAAACGCAUUUCAUGCAACUCUACGUACUUUUACAACUGCAGACUUUGGCAGAAUAUUUUUUAAUACCACACAAAUGAUUGAAAUGACAAGCUAAUUUGACACUGACAAACUGAAAAUCCGAGUUUAUUAAAAAACAACCUAGUCUUGAAUUCAUCGAUAGCCUAGGCCUAGAUGUGUGGAGACACACAUAUUGUACAAUAUGAGGAAGAAAUUCCAGUCCUAAAAUAGCUUUCCAGUUCCACUGACUAACCCAUUGAUGUGCACUCGUGGCAAAAGCCCAUCUCUUUCUUAUUUUACUUUGUAAAACAAUGCUGUUCGCUCAAUAGGCCUAUUUGGAAGUUGAUCAAAUAUUUUGGCAGCCUACAGACAGAUUAGUCUUCUCUUUUCAAAUGGAGUAGUAUUCUGAAUUAUUUCAUUUCUUUCUGUACAGACAGCAGUAAUUCUAUAACUUUGGCACAUUUAUUUCAAUUUAUCAGGGGUGCUGAAUCUAUAAGGGAAAAUGGUCAUAUUAAAUAAUUGAACAAACAAAUGAUGAAGUACAAUGCUGGAGAGAUGAGAGUUGCAGGCUCAUGCCUUAAUAGGUUGUUGUUUGUUUAAAAUGGGACCAUGAUCAUUUCUCAGUAUCUUUCAUCUUUCAACAUAUUCUCACCAGACCUGGAUUAAAAUAGUAAUUGUUUUCUUUCAAAUAUGUUGAGUGUUUGAUUGAGACUGCCUGGAGGGCCUGUUUCACCUGGAGGGCGGGUCUUUCCACUUUAGGGUGACACACAAGAGAGAGGGAGAGAGAUCAUAGAAAGUUAAUCUCAUUCUAGUUCUGUGAGAGAUAGGCUACAGGCGUGCUUCUCUCUCUCACCACAGCAACGGCCAUGCGUUGGUCUCAAACAUAGGCUACAGUGUUGCGCAAACCUAAGCCCGGCCGGCCCAACCUGAAUAAAUUCUUAGAAUAGCCUAUAAGGUGCAGGCUGAAAAUCUAAUUAUUAACAUACUUUUUUUAGGGCGCAGGAAAAUUAAUGAGAAGGCAACUCGAAUUAACUCUGAUCGCUUUUAUUCGAAUUUUUACAUUGCAAACAGUGAAAGUUAUUUGUCAUGCCACAAGAGGUACCAAAUCCUGCCAAAUAGGUUCCGGAACGAAACAGUCCAAAAAUGAGAGGUGCUAGAUCCUGUUCUGGCAGGAUUCGUCUCAAAUUAAGCACUGGUAGUCUUUCUAAUUAACAGUUAUGUGUAAAAUAUAAGACCAAAUGCAGGGAUGGUUGCGAUGUCCAUAUUAGGACAGCCUCAGUCUCAGCAGCACUUGUUCUAAGCUGUCCGUACAUAUAUUUUGUAUGUACUGUAUCAUAUGAAUAUCAACAUUUUUACAACUAUGAUAUGGACUCAACAUCUACAGGUCAAUCUGUCUGUAUAGAUUGUAUAUUCUGCUGUUUUUAACGAAAUGCUGAGAAAAAAGUGACAUUGUUUAUCAACCUGAGAACUGUAGACGGCUGAUGAGAACAACCUAAGGUUAAUCUUUUCUCCAUGAGACUUAUUGUCUUAAUUCUUCAUCAAUGAUGAAAUAGUGGCAAAGAAAAUGACUGAAAAUGUGUUUUUUGUACAUAAGCCACAUUUCUAUAAUUUCUUUACCAAGUAGAUUAUAAUAAAGUUAUCAAUAUCAAUGGUUACAUACAAGUGUUGUUCAUUUUGAAGGACUAACAAAACAACAUCAGUGUUUAAUGGAUCUCGCAUCUUGAACAUAACAAAACAUUUACAUUAUAUAAAAAGUGUCAAAAGACUAUAUACAGUGCCUUCAGAAAGUAUUUAUACCCCUGACUUAUUCCACAUUUUGCUUUGUUACAGCCUGAGUUCAAACUUUUUCUCACCCAUCUACACACAAUACCCCAUAAUAACAAAGUGAAAACAUGCUUUUAGAAAUGUACAUAAGUAUUCACACCCGAGUCAAUACACGUUUGAAUGACAUUUGGCAACGAUUCCAGCUGAGAUUCUUUCUGGGUAAGUCUCUAAGAGCUUUUCACACCUGGAUUGUACAAUAUUUUCCCAUUAUUCUUUUCAAGCUCUGACAAAUUGGUUGUUGAUCAUUGCUAGACAACCAUUUUCAAGUCUUGCCAUAUAUUUUCAAGCAGAUUUAAGUCAAAACUGGAGCUCGGCCACUCAGGAACAUUCACUGUCUUCUUGGUAAGCAACUCCAGUGCAGAUUUGGCCUUGUGUUUUAGGUUAUUAUCCUGCUGAAAGGUGAAUCCAUCUCCCAGUGACUGGCAGAAAGCAGACUGAACCAGGUUUUCCUCUAGGAUUUUGCCUGUGCUUGGCUCCAUUCCGUUUAUUUUUUAUCCUGAAAAACUCCCCAGUCUGUAACGAUUACAAGCAUACCCAUAACAUGAUGCAGCCAUCACUAUGCUUGAAAAUAUGGAGCGUGGUACUCAGUAAUGUGUUGUAUUGGAUUUUCCCCAAACAUAACUCUUUGCAUUCAGGACAAAAAUGUAAUUGCUUUGCAAUUUUUUUGCAGUAUUACUUUAGUGCCUUAUUGCAAACAGGAAGCAUGUUGUCAAAUGUUUUUAUUCUGUACAGACUUCCUUCUUUUCACUCUGUCAAUUAGGUUAGCAUUGUGUAGUAACUACAAUGUUGUUGAUCCAUCCUCAGUUUUCUCCUAUAUUGCCAUUAAACUCUGUUUUAAAGUCACCAUUGGCCUCAUGGUGAAAUACCUCUCCGGCAACUGAGUUAGGAAGGACGCCUGUAUCUUUGUAGUGACUGGGUAUAUUGAUACACCCUCCAAAGUGUAAUUAAUAACUGAACCAUGCUCAAAGGGAUAUUCAAUAUCUGCUUUUUUUUUUUUUUUUUUUCAUCUACCAAUAGGUGCCCUUUGCGAGGCAUUGGAAAAGCCUCCCUGGUCUUUGUGGUUGAAUUUGUUUGAAAUUCACUGCUCGACUGAGGGACCUUACAGAUAAUUGUAUAUGUGGGCUACAGAGAUGAGGUUGUCAUUAAAAAAUAAUGUUAAACAUUAUGGCACACAGAGUGAGUCCAUGCAACGUAUUAUGUGACUUGUUAAGCACAUUUUUACUCCUGAACUUAUUUAGGCUUGCCAUAAUAAAAAGGGGUUGAAUACUUAUUGACUCAAGACAUUUCAGCUUUUCAUUUUUAAAUAAUUUGUAAACAUUUUGAAAAACAUAAUUCCACUUUGAAAUUAUGGGGUAUUGUGUGUAGGCCAGUGACAAAUAAUAUCCAUUUAAACCAUUUUAAAUUCAGGCUGUAACACAACAAAAUGUGGAAAAAGUCAAGGGGUAUGAAUACUUUCUGAAGGCACUGUAAAUUCCUAAAAAUCAAGGAUAUGUUGUUUUUACAAACAGAUCAUCUGCAUUGCGGGGUGUUUUCAGAAAAUGAAAAUCAUUGCAUAUCAAACAAUAACAUUUGCAUCAUCCUUAUCAUACUAAUAAUCAACUACAUUUACAUUUAAAAGCACUUCUCAUCCGAUGAGCCCAAAGCACAUUAAUGAAGAGUGGCUCAUUUAGUCCCACACCUGAGAAAAGUCCAACAUUAAACGAAACAUAACUUUUAAGUCUUUAUAAAGACUUCAUAAAACCUUUAUAAGGGUGACAUAUAAAUCAUUAAUAAGCAAACAGCAUGCCAUAUAAGUGUGGAUUGUGUUAAAUCCAACAAUGUACAGUACUAGUCAAAGGCUUGGACACACCUUCUCAUUCCAGGGUUUUUCUUUAUUUUUACUAUUUUCUACAUUUUAGAAUAAUAGUGAAGGCAUCAAAACUAUGAAAUAACACAUAUGGAAUCAUGUUGUAACCAAAAAAGUGUUAAACAAAUCAAAAUCUAUUUUAUAUUUGAGAUUCUUCAAAGUAGCCACCCUUUGCCUUGAUGACAGCUUUGCACACUCUUGGCAUUCUCUCAACCAGCUUCAUGAGGUAGUCACCUGGAAUUUACAUUUACAUUUUAGUAAUUUAGCAGACGCUCUUAUCUAGAGCGACUUACAGUUAGUGAGUGCAUACAUUUUUCAUACUGCCCCCCCGUGGGAAACAAACCCACAACCCUGGCGUUGCAAGCGCCAACCUCUACCAACUGAGCUACAGGAGGCCUUAAAUGCAUUUCAAUUAACAGGUGUGCCUUGUUAAAAGUUAAUAUGUGGAAUUUCUUUCCUUCUAAAUGUGUUUGAGCCAAUCAGUUGUGUUGUGACAAAGUAGGGGGGUAUACAGAAGAUAGCCCUAUUUGGUAAAAGACCAAGUCCAUAUUAUGGCAAGAACAGCUCAAAUAAGCAAAGAGAAACGACAGUCCAUCAUUACUUUAAGACAUGAAGGUCAGUCUACAGAACAUUUCAAGAACUUUGAAAGUUUCUUCAAGUGCAGUCGCAGAAACCAUCAAGCGCUAUGAUGAAACUGGCUCUCAUGAGGACCGCCACAGGAAAGGAACACCCAGAGUUACCUCUGCUGCAGAGGAUAAGUUCAUUAGAGUUACCAGCCUCAGAAAUUGCAGCCCAAAUAAAUGCUUCACAGAGUUCAAGUAACCUCUCAACAUCAACUAAUUAUAUCAUAAUUAAUUUAUGUAUUUGCUUACAAAUUAUUUGAGUGUACAAAACAUUAGGUCUUUCCAUGACAUAGACUGACCAGGUGAACCCAGGUGAAAGCUAUGAUCCCUUAUUGAUGUCACUUAAAUCCACUUCAAUCAGUGUAGUUGAAGUGGACGAGACAGGUUAAAUAAGGAUUUUUAGCCUUGAGACAAUUGCGACAUGGAUUGUGUGUGUGCCAUUCAAAGGGUGAAUGGGCAAGACAAAAUAUUUAAGUGCCUUUGAACGGGGUAUGGUAGUAGGUGCCAGGCGCACGGGUUUGAGUGUGUCAAGAACUGCAACGCUGCUGGAUUUUUCACGCUCAACUGCUCUUGUGUGUAUCAAAGGACAUCCAGCCAACUUGACACAACUGCGGGAAGAAUUGGAGUCAACAUACUGGGCAGAUGGCGUCGUGUGGGUGAGCGGUUUGCUGAUGUCAACGUUGUGAACAGCGUGCCCCAUGGUGGCGGUGGGGUUAUGGUAUGGGCAAGCAUAAGCUACGGACAACGAACACAAUUGCAUUUUAUCAAUGGCAAUUUGAAUGCACAGAGAUACUGUGACGAGAUCCUAAGGCCCAUUGUUGUGCCAUUCAUCCGCUGCCAUCACCUCAUGUUUCAGCAUGAUAAUGCACGGCCCCAUGUCACAAGGAUCUGUACACAAUUCCUGGAAGCUGAAAAUGUCCCAGUUCUUCCAUGGCCUGCAUACUUGCCAGACAUGUCACCCACAUAGCAUGUUAGGGAUGCUCUGGAUCAACGUGUACAACAGCGUGUUCCAGUUCCCGCCAAUAUCCAGCAACUUUGCACAGCAAUUGAAGAGGAGUGGGACAGCAUUCCACAGGCCAAAAUCAACAGCCUGAUCAACUCUCUGCGAAGGAGAUGUCGCACUGCAUGAGGCAAAUUGUGAUCACACCAGAUACUGACUGGUUUCCUAAUCCACGCCCCUACCUUUUUUUUUUUAAGGUAUCUGUGACCAACAGAUCUGUAUUCCCAGUCAUGUGAAAUCCAUAGAUUAGGGCCUAAUGAAUUUAUUUCAAUUGACUGAUUUCCUGUAACUCAAUUGCGCAUGUUGCAUGUUGUGUUUAUAUUUUUGUUCAGUGUAGUAUUUAUGAAGAUUUUAUGAAUGUUCUAUAAAGCCUUAAUAGGUUGUUGUUUGUUUAAAAUGGGACCAUGAUCAUUUCUCAGUAUAUUUCAUCUUUCAACAUAUUCUCACCAGACCAGGAUUCAAAUAGUAAUAGUUUUCUUUCAAAUAUGUUGAGUGUUUGAUUGAGACUGCCUGGAGUGCCUGUUUCACCUGGAGGGCGGGUUUUUUCACUUUAGGGUGACACACAAGCUUAAUUAAGCACAGCUGAAGCAUCUGAAAGCAAACAAAUAUUAUAUGAACCCAGGUCUGGUCUGGACAGCAUGGGAUUCUGUGAAGUGAACCCACCACUGUCACCCAAUCAACUGUAAAUAAUCAUUUUCAACCAGUCCUAAAAUCACCCAAUGGUGAACUGAAGAUCAUCAUCACUAUCCUCCACCACCUCUCCUUCCAUCCCUUCGUCCUCGUGACUCUCUGCCCUCGCCCUCUCGCUGGCCUGGAUGUAAUUAUCCUCUAUGAAGCCAUCGUCGUCAUCAGUAUCCAACCCUCGGUGGGUCCCAUUACCUCCACCUCCUCUGCCCACCAUGCCGUGCCCAGGGAAGGUCACCUCGUCUGGGCUGUGCUGGCUGGCUGUGUCCCCCUCGGGGAGCAACGAGUGGCGGUAGCUGGCUAG